CUGCGUCCCUCCCUCUCCGUUAUCCUCUCACUCCUCCCUCGGUCUGCUCCUCUCGCUCCGCUCUCGUGCCGGGCCCGUCCUCCUCCGCCUCCACCCGAACCGACACCCGAACCGACCCUGCCGACUCCGAGGGACACACACGAGGGGGAGAUUGGCCGGGAGGAGACGAAAGGGAGAAACUAGACUGGACAGUUGAUGGGACGGGGGUGGGCUACAUUGGGGGUCGCAUUGCGGUAUCUCACACAUUCUCCCAACAUCUGUGGGACUUCUGUGUGUUUGUUCCCCAUCGGUGUCGUUCAUACGAGGGAAAUCAAACUGUGCACGCCAUGGAAAGGUGUAGAAAUCUGAGCGGAUGCUAAACUUGGAUCCAAACGGCUGCUCUCAACUGGACCGUUAGGUUUUUAGCUAGCUAGCUCGCGAGGUGGGGACCUGGACGACUUGGUGGGAAAAUACUCAACAUUUUUUUAAAUUCACAAGACGUGUUUUACGCCUCACUGCGAGGACGAACACCAAAGAUGCUGUUGGAGCUGAGCGAGUGGUUCUGGCAGGAGCGGUGGUGGUUUCCAAAAGGCCUGGGCUGGGCUGACCUGGAGGAUCGGGACGGACGAGUAUACGCCAAAGCCCAAGACUUGUGGGUGACGCUGCCCAUCGCCCUUACAUUCCUCAUCAUCCGUCAGAUCUUUGAAAGGACAGUGGCUACAUCCCUGGCUUCUCUGCUCGGCGUGAAAGAGACCACGCGGCUCAAAGUCCAUCACAACCCCACACUGGAAUCCUACUACCGUAACAUUACCAAAAGCCCCACAGAGACUUCAGUAACAAGUCUUUGCAAGCAGACCGGCUAUUCAGCAAGACAAGUGCACCGAUGGUUCAGGAGACGAAGGAACCAAGACAGACCGAGUUUGCUCAAAAAGUUCCGAGAGGCCAGUUGGAGAUUUACCUUUUACCUUCUUGCUUUCAUUGCUGGCCUGGCCGCCCUCAUCGAUAAACCUUGGCUGUAUGACCUGAAGGCGAUGUGGCAAGGUUUCCCUGUGCUGACUCUCCUCCCAUCUCAGUAUUGGUACUAUAUGAUUGAGCUGGGUUUCUACAGCUCUCUGCUCUUCAGUGUGGCUACUGAUGUCAAACGCAAAGACUUCAAUGAGCAGAUAGUUCACCAUGUGGCAACCAUCCUCCUCAUCAGCUUCUCCUGGUGCGUUAACUACAUCCGUGCUGGAACUCUCAUCAUGCUGGUGCACGACUCCUCCGAUUACCUCCUUGAGUCAGCAAAGAUGUUCAACUACGCUGGGUGGCGAAAUGCCUGUAACUACAUCUUCAUCGUAUUUGCUGCAAUCUUCAUCGUCUCUCGGCUGGUCAUCUUUCCCUUCUGGAUCAUUUACUGUACUUGGGUUUAUCCCGUGACCAUCUAUGAACCCUUCUUCGGCUACUACUUUUUCAAUGGACUUUUGAUGGUUCUGCAGUGUCUUCAUAUCUUUUGGGCUGUCCUCAUUAUACGCAUGGCAAUCCGCUUCCUCACCCACAAUGAAAAAGUAGACGAUGAAAGGAGUGACAAAGAUGAAACAGAUGAAUCAGAAGAGGGCGAGGAAGAGGAGGAUAAAAAGAACAUCACGAAGAAUGGGCCGGUGCAAAACGGUCACACGGUCCACAACAACAACCACAGCAAGACAGAGUGAAAGCAAACAAGUGUCAGGACAAAGAAAUGUGAGAAGGACUCAUAUCCCUCGGCAGCGGAGCAGGAGGGAGGGAUGACAAGAAAAAAGGAUGAUGGUUUGGGGGUGGCGGGGGUCAUUCCCCUAAAAUCAAAAACAGCAGGUAUCCUGAGGAAAUUUGACACUUACUUUUGCACAACAAAAAAACACACUCGCACACAUUCAUUGGUCGGUUUCGAGGGCACAGAGGUCCGGCAGCUGAUACACACGACAUGAAAUGUGGCUGUUUCUCUUUGUCAUGAGAGAGAAAACUAUUCAAAGAAACGGGGGAGAAAAUGGACAAAGGAGGAGGCUGACCAUGUCCAUGCUCGGUGUGCCUGAGAGACGGAUAAUGGCUGAUAAAAGGCCAUGAAGAAAAAAGCAUUCUGCUUUGAUCGUGUGUCGCAGUAUUUCGUUGCAUCUUUUUUGUUUUCUCUUAGAAGAACAAAAGAUUGACAUUUUGUUUUUAAAAAGCGAGACAAUAGGGCAUUCCCUAAUUUUCUGUCUAUGCAAUUACAUAAGUGUUCAGCUGUUGCCACGUCGUUGCACUACAUACAGUGUCUCUGAUACCCUGUAAUGGCGAGCACUGGGCCUCCGUGCCUCUGCUCCCCAAUGCGGCCUGUGCCAUUUAGAGAUGUGUCUGCCUUUUAAGGUCAAAGGAGUACAUUUGGUGUCAAUUCUUUCUCUAAACAUAAAGAACAUCUUUCUUUCUUGUUUUCUCAUUAUUUACAAUUCUUUCUUCCAAAAGAGAUGUCCGACCUGCAAAGGUUAUCAUUCUCAGUUCUUUGCUGUGUGAGCAGUCAGAAAUACCCAGAAACGAGUCCUUAGCACAAACAAUGCAAGAUAAAGCUCAGCUUCCUGCUGGUUUUUGACGGAGCUGAAUGUUCCUCCUCUCUGGUUCGGCUGAAGCUGUUUGAUCCAUUUGUGUCGUGACUCACGCUGAUGCUGCCACGCGCUGUAAACUGAUGACUAUAUAAUCAUUUCAAAUGUGGGUUUCUCCAUUGGAAUGGGACAGAUUAACUAUUUCCAGAUUUUACAAAUAGGGGCCAGAUUUCUUCAAUUCACUGCCUUGUAGCCUGGGUUAUGUUUGUUAACCUGGGUUAGAAUUUUAAACGUUGAUUCAAAGUGAAUGAUUUUAGGUAUGAUUGUGUUUAUGAAACUGUUUUAUUACAAGUGUUGUGAUUUGAUGUUAAGGAGGUAAACUUUCUUGCAGUUUAGUGUUUGAGACUCAUGGGGGAUUCAAGAAAUGAGGGUUGCUGUUUUGUUGUUAUGCUUUAAAGUUGUUUGUGUGUUAAGUGCCUUAUCUGUAAUUCAUGGGAAGCUCUCUCCUGUCUUCAUGGCCACUCCUUUUCUUUCCUUUCUCCAUCUCACAGAACCAACUCUAAGACUAGCAUUUCCUCCCUCCACUGUCUCAUCCAUCAGUCACUCCGCUCCCUUACAGAUUACCUCCAUUUCAAACUCAUUCCACUGCCACAUUGUUGUUUACUAACCCAGACCAACCAGCAACCUCUCUUCCCCGGUGAUACAGAAGAAACAGCUGUGUUCUAAUUACAGUGUUAUUUUUUUCUUAUUUUGUUGUUCAAUGAUGCCGAAAUAUUGUUAUUAAUAAUAAAAGCAAAGAUCACAGAUAUUAAAAGCAGCUUUUUUUUAAACGAU